UAAGCAGACAUUCAGUAUCAUGUGUAUACCGCUAAGAGAAGGUCGUCAAGAUCGACAAUCAUUUUUUGAAGAAAAAUCGAAUUGAAUUAUAUUCAAGUUUAAAUUAGCGAAAGAAUAAUUUGUUUGAACGGAGACCAUUUUCGGUGAUAUGAAUAGUGCAAUUAUUUCGCAAAGUUGAAGUGAAGUAUAAACAAAAAAAAGAGUUACAAAAAACAAAACACAAACAUUUGUCAAUGUUUAACGAUCGAUCAGCAAAGAGAAUUUUAAAAGUUUGAAAAUAAAAAUUAUUUUUUAAAAUCAUAAACCAGAAAAAAUUGAAAAUUUGUGAAGUGAUAAAAAAACAAUUUCGAAAUGCAUCGCAUUUUUACGGUAAUCGGAACAAUAUUGGUUUACACCAAAUAUGCAUACUGUGACCAGGGAAUCGAUCUUUACAGUGUAAGAUACAACAACCUUGAUAUUGAUACCAUUCUCAACAGUGAUAGACUGGUUACCAACUAUGUUGAAUGUUUAUUAAGUCGUAAGCCAUGUUCACCGGAAGGCAAAGAGCUGAAGCGCAUUUUACCUGAAGCCUUGCGAACAAAAUGCGGACGCUGCUCAAACUCACAAAAGGAAGUUGCGUUGAAGGUGCUGAAGAAGUUGUACGUCUACUAUCCGAAACACUAUAAUGACCUUCGUGCCAAAUGGGAUCAAACCGGUGAAUAUCAUCGACGUUUCGAAGAAUAUUUACGAGAAGAGCGUUUCAACACAAUAUCUGGUGACACGGAUAGAGAUCAAACACAAGUCGUUCAAAAAAUAUCACCACAAAAUCCAAUAACUACACCAGCAAGUACAACUGCACAUCAGAUAUCAACACUAGACACACAAAGACCAGCACGUAAUCCUGAUGAUGUACAACAAAAUCCCACAUUAAACCAAUUCGAUUUGUUUAAUCGUUUCGGCGGUGAAGACGAUGAAAAUGAUCAAACAGCACGAAUACCAAGUGUCCAGGCACCGUCCAUGACCGCACCACAACAGCACACUGUAAAAACUCCAUCCAGCACAAAUCCCACUUAUUUACCUCCAUUUAUGACCUCAUCCAGUCUGUCUAAUACAAAUUCAUUUUCAACGGCUCGACCAUCCUAUCCGAGUGUAAAUCCAACAAAAGCGACAUCACCACCGGUGAUGACAACGAAUCGACCAGUCACUGAGAAAAUGCCAUCAGCAACGACAACAGUGCUUCCAUCAGUUGCGACGAUUCGACCGAUUGACUAUUUCUUCGUACCUCCGGUGUAUCAACCUCCAAACGGACAAGGACCGAUUGCAAAUUUGAUACAUAGGCUUGGAUACAAAAUUUCAAAUACUGCAGAUUUCUUAGCCGAAAUGCUUAGAGGCACGGUCAAGACUUUUACAUAAAAUAGAAAAUUUGCCGUUUUAGGCUUAUUAUAGAAAAUAUUCUUCUCUAUGAUGCAAAAUCUUAAUCUCAAUUGCUUUAUAAAUGUGUGUUAAUCAAAUGAAUUUAAGUUGUAAAACAACUUAAUUCCAUUUCUACCCUCAUAAUCUUCAUCAAGCCAUCUACUUCCUGCUAUAUACUACCAUACAUCAAUCUGUACACUUAUUACUUAUUAUUAUAACGAGAUAAAUCUACGGCAGCAUGUAUCUGUCGCGUCGAAAUUCUAAAAGAAAAAAUACAUGGAAAUUAUUGGGUGAUAUUUUGAUAAGAGCAAAAAAAACGAAGCGAAAAUUUACUCGUACUAAGAUAAAUAAAUCUACGAUUAUAAGCUUAUUGAUUUAAGAAAUUACAAAAUUAUUUUUUUCUUUAAAAUUGUUAUUACGUCUGAUAUAUGAAUAGAGUUUAGAAAAAAUGAUGGAAAAUAAUGGAAAAUAGUAAAAAAAAUAAAGUAAAACAAAUCUCAAAUGACAAAA